UGCUUCACUCCCACUUGCCGAGCCAGCCGGCCGGCCCAGUCCCACCAGGAAGUGUGGCUCCCCUGCUCUCCUCCUCCGGGCCAGGCAGCUUCACCCUCUCCCUGCCUUUCAAGGCCACCCUGUUGGCCCGGAGAGUGGUAAACAGUUAGCGAUUGACAGAGCAUGAGAGGUUCGUGUACCUUCCUCAAGCCCAGAAGCCCUCCGUUUCUUGAGUGGACUCCUAACCCCACCCACCAGCCUUUGCACAGUGGCUGGUAAACCGGCUUGGCCGGUCUGGAAGCGAGGUGGUGCCUUCUGAGGGUGGCGCCAGUGUGUUGGAAAGAGCCCACAGCUGCCCGGCGGGGAGAAGCUGUAAAUUCUGCAGUGUCAGGAGGCCGGCUUUUGCGAUGAAGAUGACGCAGACCCGGGCAGGGACACACACAGGGACACACACAGGGACACACGGCUCACCCGCCGUGGCCUGGAAACGGCACUCGGUGGAGCGUCGCGUACAACCGGAUGGAAUCACAUCCCGCACGGGUGGAAGGACGCAGAGCCCAGCGAUUUCCAGUGCCUGUUGGGUUUUUACCAGAAGGAAAGUUCACGGCGCACGAUUACUUACGCUGUCGAUGUAGGUCCAGUACAAUGGUUCAGUAGAAGAGCCAAGACUGGGUGGCGAGGGAGCCGGGCUACGGCAGGAUGAACGGCGAGGAGGAAUUCUUUGAUGCUGUCACAGGCUUCGAUUCUGAGAGCUCUUCCGGGGGAUUUUCAGAGGCAAGUCAGAGAGUCGCUGCGGUGAUGUGUGUGGACUCCGGCAGAAGUAACGGGGUCGGAAAGGCCGGGGAGAGGCCCCCUCGAGAAAAUGGAAUUCAGAAGCACAGGACGUCAUUGCCUGCCCCGAUGUUUACCAGAAGUGACUUCAGCGUGUGGAGUAUAUUAAAGAAAUGCAUCGGCCUGGAGCUGUCCAAGAUCACCAUGCCCAUCGCCUUCAACGAGCCUCUGAGUUUCCUCCAGCGGAUCACGGAGUACAUGGAGCACGUGGACCUCAUUCACAGAGCCUCCUGCCAGCCCCAGGCCCUGGAAAGGAUGCAGUGCGUUGCUGCCUUUGCGGUGUCAGCGGUGGCUUCCCAGUGGGAGAGGACCGGCAAGCCCUUCAACCCGCUCCUGGGAGAGACGUACGAGCUGAUCAGGGAGGAUUUAGGGUUCAGAUUUAUAUCCGAGCAGGUGAGCCACCACCCCCCGAUCAGUGCAUUUUAUUCAGAGGGCCUCCACCAGGACUUCUUGUUUCACGGCUCCAUCUACCCGAAGCUGAAGUUCUGGGGCAAGAGCGUGGAGGCCGAGCCCCGGGGCACCAUCACGCUGGAGCUGCUCAAACACAAUGAGGCUUACACCUGGACCAACCCUACCUGCUGUGUGCACAACGUGAUUAUCGGGAAGCUCUGGAUAGAGCAGUAUGGGACGGUGGAGAUUGUAAACCACAGAACUGGAGAUAAGUGUGUGCUUCAUUUUAAACCAUGUGGACUGUUUGGAAAAGAACUUCACAAAGUGGAGGGGCACAUCCAGGACAAAAACAAAAAGAAGCUCUUUAUGAUCUAUGGAAAAUGGACAGAGUGUUUGUGGGGAAUAGACCCUGCUGCAUACGAGUCCUUCAAGAAGCGGGAGAGGAGAGGCGACCUCCUGAGCAAGCCACAGCCGGACGACAGCUCCCAGAAAGCUGAUGGCGACGUGGCGGAUGCCGUGCCCGAGGUUCAGGAGACUGUGCAGGUCAUUCCAGGCAGCAAGCUACUCUGGAGGGUCAACACUCGGCCCCCCAACUCUGCCCAGAUGUACAAUUUUACCAGCUUCACCGUCAGUCUCAACGAGCUACAGAGCGGCAUGGAGAAGACCCUGGCUCCCACGGACUGCCGCCUGCGCCCCGACAUCCGCGGCAUGGAGAACGGCGACAUGGAUCUGGCGAGCCAGGAGAAGGAGCGGCUGGAAGAGAAGCAGCGGGAGGCCCGGAGGGAACGGGCCAAGCAGGAGGCCGAGUGGCAGACCAGGUGGUUUCAUCAAGGCAGCAACCCGCACACGGGGGCUCCCGACUGGUUGUAUGCGGGGGGCUACUUUGAGCGGAAUUUCUCCCGCUGCCCAGAUAUCUACUGAGGGGCUGGAGUGGCCCCCAGGACCGGAGACCGGACUCCGUCAAGCGGUCACGGCAGAAACCAGCUUUUCCAGCGACUGUGUCCGUGGAGACAGCACCAUCCCCGGUCAAGGAUUUGAUUCUAAUUAACUUCUGAUCGCCAAACAUUUUACUACUGUUCAUCAAACUUCACAUGGGAUCAUCAUGUUUUCAUUAAGGGCGGAAAAGGACAAUCCUCUGCCGUCCCUUCACGUGACGGGAAUCAGCCCGGCUUGUUACAGCGCCCUCUUCAUUGUAAAGUUCAUAACGGAAGUAAGUAACCAGGAAGGGUCUUAGUUCUAAGUCCCCCCCCCGUGUCCCUCCUCCUAACGCAGCGGCAAAGGGUUUCUGAGACUGUCGUGCAUUUGAACCAGUAACAGGGGAAGACGGAUCUUGAAAGUAACCCUUUGAGAAGCUUUACGGGGCCAGGGGUUGCUUCCUAGAUUAUGGUAAUGCAAAAGUGAAGACUUUCAGAGCGCCAGAUGGAAUGAAAUGAAAAGCUGUCAGAUUCUGUAUUUUUUACCAGUCUUCAAUAAUGUAAAGAUUACUUUUAAAAUAUUUAAGUUAAAACUACUUGAAUAGUAUUUUGCCGGAGAGCAAGGUUUGCAUUAAUCACCAAUCGUAUACUGUCCGAAACGAAGCAUUACCGUGACAGCCUGGGGUGGCCGGAAACCUCGAGAGUGGUGAUGGACCUCCCCAGGCUGCUGCCAGCCUCGAAAGGGGCCCCGCCUCUGUCACCGGGGCUUCGUGGCCUCUGCAGGCCAGGCCCGCGUCACAGAGGGUCGCCGUGCCUACGGCAGGUGCGCCCUGCGGGAGGCUCCGAAGCAGCAGCCGCUACGGCCGUGUCAUUAAAGCUACUUAACAAAAAGUAGGUGCGUGUCCAUCCUAGACACAUCCCUUCUGGUGGCUCUUGUCUUUCUGUAGAAGUGUCAACACCACAGGCCUCAGCGGAGCUCUGAACGGAGAGCGUCUGCUGAGCGUGCACGCACUCACACGGCCGCAUGGAGUGCUGGGUUCUCGGUGGCAGGCUGUCGUCAUUGUGUGUCCGGGCUUCGACGUCACAUCUGUCAUUAAAACACUUUUAAAAGCGAA